AUGUCGGCGCAGGAGCCGCCGCGGCCGCCGCCCGGCGCCGCCGAGCCCCCGGAGCCGGAGCCCGGCGGGCGCUACGAGGCGGUGCUGCCGCACUGGUUCUGGUGCAAGGUCACGGACACGCGAGAGCGCUGGGUCCCGUUCAGCGCGCAGGACUCGCAGCGGCUGGAGGAGGCGCACGGCGCAGGGAAGGAGCAGGGUGACGUGGUUGUGCCGACGUCGGGGGGCAGGUACGACGUGCACCUGCGCACGCGGCAGCGCGUGGCCGUGUACUGGGAGGAGGAGGUGUCUGAAGUGCGUCGCUGCACCUGGUUCUACAAGGGGGACAAGGACAACAAGUUCAUUCCCUACUCGGAGUCCUUCAGUGAGGAGCUGGAGGAAGCUUACAUGAUUGCCGUGACCCUGGGUGAGUGGAAGAAGAAGCUGGAGUCCCCCAACAGAGAAGUCAUUAUCCUGCACAACCCAAAGCUGAUGGUUCACUACCAUCCCGUUGCCAGCUCCGACGACUGGGUCUCCACCCCCACGGAACAAGGUCGGCCCCGGACUGUGAAGAGAGGAGUGGAGAACAUCGCUGUCGACAUCCCCAGUGGAGAGCCGCUGCAGAUCGACCACCUGGUGUUCGUGGUGCACGGCAUCGGCCCCGCCUGCGACAUCCGCUUCCGCAGCAUCGUGCAGUGCGUGAACGAUUUCAGGAACGUGUCCCUCAGCAUGCUGCAGGCACACUUCAGGAAGGCCCAGGAGCAGCAGCAGGUUGGCCGGGUGGAGUUCCUGCCUGUGAACUGGCACAGCUCCCUGCACUCCACUGGCGUGGACGUUGACCUGGAGCGGAUCACGCUGCCCAGCAUCAACCGCCUGCGUCACUUCAUCAACGACACCAUCCUGGACGUGUUCUUCUACAACAGCUCCACCUAUUGCCAGACCAUCGUGGACACGGUGGCCUCGGAGAUGAACCGCCUGCACCAGCUGUUCCUGCAGAGGAACCCGCAGUUCAAGGGCGGGGUGUCCAUCGCGGGGCACAGCCUGGGGUCACUCAUUUUGUUUGAUCUCCUGACGAACCAGAAGGCUGAUCCCGAGGAGGACGAGCACUGUGCGCAGGGGUCCAGGACAGCCUCAAGCACAAGGGGUAUUGAAGAAGUAAAGGAAAUCCUGAAGAAGCUGGAGCUGUCCGAGUACUGUGAUGUUUUUGAGAAGGAGAAAAUGGACAGGCAAGCACUGUUCUUGUGCACAGAGAAAAACCUUAAAGACAUAGGAAUUCCCUUAGGGCCAAGAAUGAAAAUACUCCAUUACAUCAGCUCCAAGACAGAGAUGAAGGAUCAGAGCUCAGCAGCUCCUGGGCACAGUGAACGCGGAGCCGAGCCAGGGCCCCCGUCCCAGCACGGGGACAGCUCAGGGGAUGUCAGGAACUGCCAAUACCGGGACGUUGGCUUGGGACAGGUCUCGGCAAACUACCCGCAGCUGAACUACAAGCCCACCAUCUUCUUUGCCUUUGGCUCUCCCAUUGGGAUGUUUCUCACAGUGCGAGGGGUGAAGCGGAUCGACCCGAACUACAGCCUGCCCACCUGCAAAGGCUUCUUCAACAUCUACCACCCCUACGACCCCGUGGCGUAUCGGAUCGAGCCCAUGAUCGUCCCGGACGUGGAGUUCGAGCCGAUGCUGCUGCCCCACCACAAGGGCAGGAAAAGGAUGCACCUCGAGCUGAAGGAAGGGCUGACUCGCAUGAGCGUGGACCUGAAGAACAACCUGCUGGGGUCCCUGCGCGUGGCCUGGCAGUCCUUCACCCGCGCCCCGGUGCCGGCCCUGGAGGCGGCGAGCACCGAGGCUGAGCCAGAGGCAGAGGCCGGCACUGAGAAGCAGCCAGACACAAAGGCAGAGGAGCCCCCAGCAGCAGUGAAGGAAGAGACGCCGCUCAUCAACGUGGGGAGGCUGAAUGGAGGGAACCGCAUUGACUACGUGCUGCAGGAGAAGCCAAUAGAGAGCUUCAACGAGUACUUGUUUGCACUCCAGGGGCAUCUCUGCUAUUGGGAGUCAGAGGACACCGUUCUGCUGGUUCUGAAGGAGAUCUACCAGACACAAGGCAUCACACUGGAUCAACCUCUACCAGGAAGCCAGUGACCAACCUGUUCUGUUCUGGCUGUCAAAUCCCACUGCGUACUCACCAGGAAAGUCCAGAUCUCUUCUCUGCCUUCCUCUCUCCUCUGCUGCCAUGUCCUGCAUGCUGCUUCCCAAGUACUUGCUGCUGCCUGGAGAUAAGGAUGGAUUUUCCUCCAUUUUGGGUAGGGAUAGGGGGAAAAACUGUCAAGGGAAAAAUACUUCUGCUCAAACACACACAACCCCUGUACAGUGACUCCCUGUGGCAACGUGUACUUUUAACCCUGCACCCUGUGAGUCCCCACACCAGCUCCUCCAGCACUGCAGCAGACAAGCUGUCAGUUCCUCUGAGGUCCUGACCCUGGCUCGGGGAGGACACUCACAGCCCGGGACCUUGAGGAGAAAAAGCCUUAAACACACAGCGUGGAAAGAGCUACAGCCGCCGUGGAGCCGGGGAGAUUGCUAACACCCACACCAGCACUGUGGGCCCGGGCAGCAAAGCCCAGAGCCAGCAGGGUCUGGCCAGCAGCCACCCUUGUGUCCCUGCACUGCUGCUGCAUGUUUGUGCACCCCUGGGCCCUGCCAGGCAGGGCUGCCCCGUAAAGCGCCUCGUGAGAGCGGCGUGUUGGCAGUGCCAGCCCAGCCCCCUGACCCAGCCCUCGCUGGCACCAAGGAGCCCCCAUGACACCGACCAAGGCAGUGCCCAGCUGUACCUGCUCCGAGGAAAGCUUCACCUCCCGCUCCAGGCGGGCAGGGAACAGCAGCUGCUCCUGGCAGUGCCAGGGCAGAGGGAGCCCUCAGUGCCCCGCAGGGACACGGGGCAGCGCUGCCGGGGGACACCGAGGUCUUGCACCCGCCGCGCCCCAGUCCCUGUUUUUAGCUUUAAAUGUACAAAACGCAGCCAGCAAGGGUCUGCACACUGCAGCAAUGACACCAGCUCUGGUGGCAGCUCAGUCUGCUCCCGCCUUGAAGCUCUUUUCUGAGGGGGCCGGGGCCGGAGAGCCCCUGGGCUGGGGCUCCGCUGCUGUGCGAGGUGUUGCUGUGCAGCCUUUGGAGGAGCCAAACCACUUUCCCUCCUGCUGACUUUUGCCCUGCAUGGGGUAAGGAGCCUUUUCCCCCCCCACAGCCUGCUGGUUUGUUUUCCCUCCAUUGUCUGUUAUUUGCACUAUUGGAAGGGUUUUGUUUGCAGCCUCCAUCCCCUCCUCCCCUCCCAAGGAACAGAAGCUGUUCUUUACCUGACUGCAGGAACAGCCAAGCUGCUCGGUCAGCACCUGAACCACUGCUGGCUAAGGUCUCAUGGGAGCAGGAAAAGAGACAGUCUUAACAUGGGACACUAAUGAUCAGCUUUUUAAGUUAUGCACUUUGUUAAAAAAAAAAAAAAAAGGAAGCUAAAUAAAUUUUAAAUGUUAUUUAAUGUCUUUUCCAGUAAAAGCCAAAAUAAAUAAGUAGAUGAC